AAUAAACACAGUUAUUGUUCUCAACUUGUUAUGUAGGUAGGUCAAUUUUUAACUCAUGUUUUGAUUUUAGACUCUUUGUCAUGCUACUCAUGUAAAAUACAAUGAUUUCAUCCGUACUACUGAAACUAGACAUAUGAAAGCUGUUUGUGAAUUUUGGAAGCGUUUAAACGCUAGUGGUAAUCUUUAUCGAAGCAAAUAUUCUGGUUGGUAUUGUAUUUCAGAUGAAGCAUUUUAUACGCCAUGGGAAAUUGAUGAAACCAGCUUAUCAGGAGUACCUGUGUCAAAAGAAACUGGUAAUCCAGUGGAAUGGAUUGAAGAGGAGAAUUACAUGUUUAAACUGUCUUCAUUUAAAAAUGAUUUACACAAAUGGCUAGAUUCAGGAGUAUUUCCCAAGUCAUCCAAUCAAUUAGUUUGGAGUGAUAUAGCACAUAAUAUGGUGGAUACUUCUCAAGAUAUAUCUAUUUCAAGACCAAAAAGUCGUUCAGAUUGGGGUAUACAUGUUCCUGGUGAUAAUGAACAAAUUAUUUACGUAUGGUUCGAUGCUCUGAUUAACUACUUAACAGUUACAGGCUUCCCAUGGUCAAAUGUUAAUGAUGGUAGUUUUAAACACUCUAUCUGGCCACCAGAUGUACAAUUUUUGGGAAAAGAUAUAAUACGAUUCCAUGCAGUUCUCUGGCCUGCUUUAUUAAUGGCUGUCAAUCUGCCAUUGCCACGACGUCUAAUUUGUCAUCAUCAUGUACUUGUGGAUAAUGUUAAGAUGUCUAAAAGUAGAGGUAAUCAGAUCGAUCCGAUUGUUGAACAGUCUGCUUUACUGUCGGACGAAUUAAACAACAAUGUUACAACACCUGCUGAAUCAGAUCUUCUUCGUUAUGUUUUGCUUCGCCUUCCUUUGCUUACAUCUGAUGGUACUUAUAGUCGUGAAAUGGCUCGUAAAAUGAUUAAUACAGAGCUUGUUAAUUGGAUUGGAAAUUUGCUUUCUCGUAUCACAUCUGAAUCUCUUAACCCUGAACAGUCUAUCAUUCAGAUUAAUCGUAAACAGGUUGAUGAUAUGUUUCACGAUGAUAAUUCGGAUAUGGAAUUUUUUGACAAUCUAGAUAAUAUCUCUCAUCAUUUUGACAAACUUUGGUGGUAUGAAGCUCAACCUCAUAGGGCUAUAGAGGAAGUUUUGCGCAUUAUUCGACAAGCCAAUACAUUUAUCACUCGUCACAGUCCAUGGACCGAAAAAGAAUUAUUAAAAAAGCAAUUUAUAUUAUCAGUAGUAUCUGAAUCAUUAAGAAUAUGUGCAUUACUUCUACAACCGGUUAUUCCAAAUUUAUCAAUUCGAUUGUUACGUCGACUUGGAAUAUAUUAUGAGGGGAAAAAAAAACAAAACCAAUCGUAUAUCAGUGGUGAAGCACGUGUUCUAGGUGAAAAUUCUGGAAAAUUUCUCCGUAAAAUUAAAUAGUUUCAUCAAUAAUAAUAAAUUAUACUUUUUUGCUAUGUAAAUUCUAAUCUUAAUGUCAAAUAGUAUCCUUUAGUGGGUUGUUUGUCCCCUAAUCGUAAUGUAUAUACUGUGUUAUUCUGGUAUGGCCGAGAGUGGGCCGGGACCGCCCUCCCUCUCGAAAUGUUCUCACGCGUACACAGCCUCUGCAAGGGAAGUCUUACUCACUGCCUUCUCGUGGCGGGGAUGUUUACGAAAAUGAGAGGACGAAAAGUGAAUGUCCGGCGCUAUUACCGGAUCCCAAACCAAUGGUGCACAUGAACUCCAGUAUCCUGAAGGAACAAAUGGCGUAUGAACCAAUUUCUUGGUCACCGGCUUCCAUGGGACUGCAUCU